CCUCAAGGCACAGAGGAAGAGUCACAAACAUUGCCAUGAAACCCAAUCUGAAACAAUGGAAACAAGUCAUGCUGUUUGGAAUAUUUGCCUGGGGCCUCCUGUUCCUAUUUAUCUUCAUAUAUUUCACCGAUAGCAACACCACAGAUGCAGUUCCUAGUUCCUUCUCGUAUGUUGAGACUAAAAGACUCUUGCCUAUUCAAGGCAAACAGAGAGUUAUCAUGGGAGCAAUUCAUGACCCACCCUUCUCCGAAACAGUCAAUGAGAUGCUCUUCAACAAAGAUGUCUUAGAUUCAUUUAAGUCAGAGAGUGGGAACAUAAAAAAGUGGACUGGCUUAGAUAAUAGUUUUGAAAGUGAAGAAUUUUUUCCUUCUCAGUUAAGAAGAAAAUCCAAAAGUAAUUUUCAUCAGAGGAAUGGUGAUUAUUUAUUUACUGCUGGUCAGUCUCAGUUAUCAAAUAAUGUUCAGCGAAUAAUGAAAUUAAACUCUGCACAGGGGGAAGUUCAGAAGAGGAACAUUUUACAGAAUUCUUGGUUCCCUCAAAAGAAGAUAAAGAAAAGACACAUAAAUCACAGAAGAAGCGAACUGGUUGAAGAGUCCCAUGAAUGGAAUGAAAUUUAUACCACAAUGUCAAAAUCGUUCCUGUUCAGGCUUUGGAAGGGGGAUGUCUCCUCCAAGAUGCUGAAUCCCCGCCUUCAGAAAUCAAUGAAAGAUUACUUGAAUGCCAAUAAGCAUGGGGUGAAGUUCAGGGGGAAGCAAAACUCCCAACUGACUUCAGAACAACUCUUCUGUGAGCUCAAGGCACGUGUAAACAUCAGAACCAUUGAUGGCGAGGAAGCUCCCUUUUCAGUCCUUGGUUGGAAAAAACACGUCCCUCAAACUUCACUGAAUAAAUUAUAUCCUCGAGGAUUUGGAAGCUGUGCUGUCGUUAUGUCUGCUGGUGCCAUACUGAACUCUUCUCUGGGGCAUGAAAUAGAUUCUCAUGAUGCAGUUCUGCGAUUCAAUUCUGCUCCAACAAAAGGUUAUGAAAAAGAUGUUGGAAAUAAAACUACAAUGCGCAUCAUUAAUUCCCAGAUUCUUACUAAUCCUAAUUAUCAUUUCGUCGGUAACUCCUUGUAUAAAGAUGUUAUUUUAGUGGCUUGGGAUCCUGCUCCUUAUUCUUCAAAUUUGGAUAAGUGGUAUAAGAAUCCAGACUACAACUUGUUUACUCCAUACGUACAGCAUCGCAGUAAGAAUCCAAACCAGCCAUUCUACAUUCUUCAUCCAAAAUUUAUAUGGCAGCUCUGGGAUAUUAUUCAGGAGAACACUAAAGAGAAAAUACAACCCAACCCUCCUUCGUCAGGUUUCAUUGGGAUUUUCAUCAUGAUGUCCAUGUGCAGUGAAGUCCAUGUGUACGAAUAUAUUCCAUCCAUCCGACAAACUGAUCUUUGCCACUAUCAUGAACACUAUCAUGAUGCAGCUUGUACCUUGGGGGCUUAUCACCCUCUGCUUUAUGAGAAACUGCUGGUGCAGAGGAUGAACACAGGACUCAAGGAGGAUUUAUAUCGGAAAGGAAAAGUGAUUUUGCCAGGGUUUCAGUCAGCGAGAUGCCGACAACGAUUCUGGUUCCCAUAAGAAUGAUAUCUUUCUCAAACAAUGUGCAAUAAGAUGCUAUAGUCAUACUGAUAAAUAGCAGAAAUACUUGAAAAAUGGAUCCUAGACUAACCAGUCUUUAGUCUACAGUGUGUAGUUAAGUAGCAGGCAUGAUGGAAAUUCUUGUUUCUAGGGCCUCUUAUUAUUUCUUUGUAAGGUGUGUUUUUUUA